UCAGCGGUCGUAACCCUCACAAAUUAUUCCCAUGCCCCUAUCCCCUGAUGUCGCCCUCAUCUAGUGUCCAGUUCCAAUCUGGUAUCCUCGUGGGGGAUCCUUCAUUCCUCCCGCGCGAUCGAUCUUCCCCAGACACUAGACGGCCCACAGUGGGAUACGCCUAAUUAAUUCUCAUGAUGCCAUAUGCUCGAGUGAAUCUAGACCGGAGUACCAUCCCUAUCUAGGAAAUGCUUCAUUUACACAUGUCCCCGCACUGGCUCAUUUCCUGCUCUGGUCCGUAAUGUACCCCUGUAGGAUUACAUAGCUUCUCACAUGCUAGAAGUCUUCGACUGCUGGAAUGCCGAGAUAGAAGAAUUUACCCCGAAUGUAGAUAAAUACUAGCGAUCGCUUCACCGUAAUAGGGGAAGUCCACGUUCUGGAACCUGCAGCCCACCACCAUGAAGCUGUAUCUCCUGUUCUUCUUCUUCCUCACCCUCCACGCGCUGAGUGUGCCACGGUCCGCGGCGGACAAACCGCCGUUCUUUCUCCUGGCUGGCGACAGCACCACCGCGGUGCAAACGACGAACGGAGGGGGUUGGGGCAAUGGAUUCAUCCAGACGACUUUGGCCAAGGGCGCCAAAGGCCAGAACUACGGCCGCAACGGAGCCACAACCGUCAGCUUCCGCACGCGAGGGGACUGGGACACCCUCCUCAAGAAGCUUGAGGAGGUGAAAGCCAAUUAUCAGCCCUACGUGACCCUCCAAUUCGGCCACAACGAUCAGAAGCCGAAAGCCAACAUCACCAUCGCAGAGUACACGACCAACCUGGAGACUUUCGUCGGAGAGGUGCGGAAUGCGGGGGGCGUGCCCAUCCUAGUGACUCCACUUGCUCGGCGCCAGUAUGAUAAUUCCACCGGGGUGCCCACAAUUAUCCGGAGUCUGGAAAAUGAGCGGGUCACGACCAUCAAGGCCGCGAAGAAGACGGGAGCGUCGUAUAUUGACUUGAACCGCGCCAGCACGCUGUACCUGAAUAGUAUUGGGCCGGUCAGUGCGCACAUGUAUGAUUUGAAAGCGGGUGACUCGACGCACUUGAACGCGGCUGGGAGUCAGGUCUUCGGGGGAAUGGUCGCCGGCUUGAUCAUCCAGGAUUUCCCCCAAUUGGGUGACGCGGGGUAUGGCACGACCUUUUGCGGUUGGCUUGUCGCCGCUCUCUCCAAUAGUCAUCUGAGCCAGUAUCUGGACCUUGGCGUGUUUUUGGUCAUGGGUGCAACGCUACAAGUCCUGGCCCAUGCCCUGAGAGCCUGGUUACCUCCGUUGCCUCUGUUUGCGGUGACGUUUUUCAUUGCGAGUCUUGGCCAGGCGUACCAGGACACGUACGCGAACACGUUCGUGGCAUCCGUGAAAGCAGCGCAUCGAUGGCUCGGGUUUAUCCAUGCGAUGUAUAUGGCGGGGUGUCUCACCGGACCCUUCAUCGCCACAGCAGUAGCAUCGGCAGGAGCACAGUCGCGCUGGGAACUGUUCUACACGGCGCCGCUAGGAUUAGGCGUCAUCAACUUUGUCCUUGUGGUUAUCGCGUUCCAGGAGUCCUUGACCUUUAAGUGUCCUACGCAGGGUGAGAUGAGCUCUCAGGACGCAAGACAAAAGAGCCCCAUGCAAGAGAUAAAGAAGACUCUGGCGCAGCCAGGCGUGUGGAUUCUGAGUUUGUAUUUCUUCUUUUUCCUCGGUGCCGUUAUCACAGCUGGAGGCUGGAUUGUGGAAUACCUGGUCCAUGUGCGCGAUGGCGACCUGAAGGACAUGGGAUAUGUCCCUGCCGGCUUUUACGGUGGCGGUUUCUUAGGCCGACUGAUAUUGGCUGAGCCGACCUAUCGCCUGGGGGAGCGACGCAUGGUGUUCAUUUAUGUGUUGCUCUGUGUGGGAUUAGAGUUGGUUUUCUGGCUUGUACCAAAUAUCAUUGCCGAAGCAGUAGCCAUCAGUCUUCUUGGGUUCUUCUCAGGCCCUUUCUUUGCAACAGGUAUCUCGGUCGCAUCGAAGAUAUUCACAGCGGACAUUCGCUCAUCGGCACUUGCGUUCAUCUUCGUCCUCGGCCAGGUCGGAGGGGCUGUCUUCCCAGCCGUUACUGGUGUCAUGGCAGCGAAGGUCGGUGUAUCAGUGCUGCAGCCUAUGCUAGUCGGGCUGCUCGGCGCUACUGGUGUUUCCUGGCUGAUGCUCCCCAAGUCUCGAUUGCAUCACGAUUGA